AAAUAAGUCACGUGAUUUCCUUUUACCUUUCCCAUUCCUCUUUCCUGUUAACUGGAUCAGCGUAAGCUAACUGCAGGUGCUUGUUCUCUUUUACUGAGCUAAGGCUAUAUCAGCGACUUGCAUCAUUUUAUCAUCUCAUCCAACUUCUAUAUAAAUUAUAACAAACAGCAAACAUGAAUACAAAAGCGGAACUAGCUUGCGUUUACUCAACAUUAAUUCUUGUUGAUGAUGAUGUUGCUGUAACUGGAGAAAAAAUUCAAACAAUUUUAAAAGCUGCCAAUGUUGAUGUGGAAUCUUAUUGGCCUGGACUUUUUGCCAAGGCUUUAGAAGGUGUCAACAUAAAAGAACUUAUAACCAAGAUUGGAUCAGGAGUUGGAAGUGCACCAGCAGCACCAACAGUAGCAGUUGCACCUGCUAGUACGGAAAGUGCACCUAAAGAAGAAAAGAAGAAAGAAGAACCUGAUGAACCAGAAUCUGAUGAAGAUAUGGGCUUUGGAUUGUUUGACUAAACUUAAGGAUCACAAUGUAUUGGUCCAUUUAUAUUUGUACAGUUAUAUUGUACAAUAAAUAAAAUAUUUUUAAAUUAAACUUUAUUUAUUGCAAAAUCCAUUUCAUUAAUUUUCAUUCAUGACAAACUUAUAUUUUAUAUGUAUCUUUUUGACAAUUAUGAAAUUUUCAUUAUGUAUUAUAAUUCUUUUAUUCUGUGUUAAACUUCUCUAUUUUUGUGAAAAUUAUACAUCUGUAUUAUACUUCUAAUUUUUCCUGGUUUUUAUACAUUUUAAUUCUAUAAAUAAAGUUUCAUAUUAUUACUGAUUCCUUA